AUGAAGAAGACGUUGAAGAAGAAAAGCGGAUUAUCAAGUAGUUCUAAUGAAUAUUACCAUCUUGGAGACAGAGCGCUAGUGAAGUUUCGUAUAAUUCCGCUGAACUCAGUCAUUCAAAACGAGUUGGAAGAUGCUAUUCGGGGAAUUAAGAAGACAGAAUUUAUGUGGCAAAACAGUAAGUAUAUUCUUUUGAUUCUGUUUAGUAGGUAGUGUUGGUUUGUAGCUCUUGGGAUCGCCUAAGCAAGCUGGUAUUGUUUGGUCUCCAAUGAACCUUGAAGUAUACAUUUAGAUUCGUGUCUACGAAAAAGUCUCGUAAUUUUGUGUGAUCUCACUUUUUGUCUGAUUGUCGUCGACGUUAAACUAGAGAACACAAUUUUAUGAGAGAUUUUCCAUGAACAAGAAUUCAAGGUUCUCGUCUGAAGUAAGAAUGAAAAGUAUACACAUCAAAAGUUAUAUACACACAAAUUUUAAUAAAAAAACCAAAUGUAUUUAUUAUUCUCAUUUUCUUUUACUUACAGGCUCUUGGACUAUCGAUGGCAAUAUGCACUCAUUCGAGAUAGAAUGUUCGUAUAUUACUGAAUUAACAAAUCCAUUAUCCUGCCUUGAACUGGUCAAGGAAAAAUGUGGCCAUUUGUUUGUUUCGAUCACCCAAAUCAGUUGUGGCGUUCAUAAUGAGUAA